UCGGAAGUGCGUCGUCGUUAGUCGCACUUUAGCCAUGAGGCGUAUUUGUUUUGUUUGCCAUGCGCUGCUUUGGCUCGCCUGGACGCAGUGCCAUUUGCUGUCGCAGCCAGAGCUGGACACGCACAUGCACCUGCAGCAGCAGCUCAUCUCGCAGAGCAACGACAGUCUCUAUGUGCAGCGUAUUAUGCGUCUGGCCAAGACCGCCGAAAUGCGCAGCCUAAUGCAAACGGAGCUAGAUCCCUGCGAUGACUUCUAUGGCUACAGCUGCGGCAAUUGGCCCAAGAUUAAUCCCGCCAAUGCAGCGCAGCCACGCGAAACAAACUACCAGCAGCUGCUAAGCCGUGGCUAUCAGCACAAGCAGCAGCGACUGCUAGAGCAGCCAGCGGACGACGAUGACGACGAGGCCGUGCUCAAGGCAAAGCAGUUCUAUGCGAGUUGCCUGCACUAUCGCGAGACGAGCCGCGCAAACUAUCGCCAGCAGCUACAGCAGAUUGCGGCGGAAUUUGGACAAAUGCCUGCCUUGUUGCCCCACGGAGCAGCGUGGAACGCCAGUGAGUUUGAUUUGCUCAGCACGCUGGCGAAAAUAAAGCGCAGCUAUGGCUUGGAUAUAUUGCUGAGCGUGCAGAAAGCAAAUGAAACACAAAGUCGACUGUAUGUAGGACAACCCAGGAAACUAUUGCAGACAGCCAGCAAAGAGCGCUUGGAGCAGCAUUUGGGCUUGACUGCUGAGGCAGCGAAUCAAUUAGCGCAGCAGUUGAUGCAAUUUGAGCAGCAGUUAGGACGCGGCACAACUUCAGCCGCGCUGCAGUCGCUGGCACUGCCGCAUGCUGCCGCCGAACUGGCCACAAAGUAUGCGCCCGCUUUGAAUCUAACGCGCUAUGUGGAGCUGGUGCUGCAACGUCCACUGCAAGCAGAGGAGCUGCUCUAUGAGCAAGUGCCAGGCUAUCAUGCGCAUUUGUCGCAGCUGCUAACAAAUACGACCACUGAGCUGUUGGCCAAUUAUGUUUAUCAGCAGCUGCUGCAGCGCUUCUACUAUGAGCAGGAGUCCUCCUCCAUGGCAGCGCAGUGCUUGGCCAGCGUGCAGCAGCUGUUUCCAGAGCUGCUGGAGCAUAUGACUUACAGUCAAUACGCCGAUGCCGCCACGCUCAGCGAUAUUAACGAGCUGUGGCAGCAGCUUAAGGACAGUUUUCAGCAAAUCAUUGAGCAAACGGCAGAGCAUGCGGCUGAUUGGCCUACAAAUCAAACACGCCUGCUGAUGCUGCAACAUUUAAAUGCCACACGCCUGGAGAUCAAUGCCUAUGCGCACAUCAACUUUACAGCGCGCUAUGCACAGCUGGAGCUGCAGCCGCGGGAUUAUCUCUUCAAUAUGCGUGCCGUGCUUGCCCACAGCAAUAAGCUUGCCACGCACGUUGUGGCGCCACUGCUGCCCAGCUAUGAUGUUGUGGAGCAGCGUGUAUUGCUGCCCGUAGCGCUGCUGCAGCCCAAUUUCUUAUGGUCACGUUAUUAUCCACGUGCUCUGCGCUACGCCAGCUUGGGCUCCAUUCUGUCACAGCAGCUAGCCCACAGCUUCGAUCAGCGCAACAAUUGGGAUGCAGCUUCACUUGCCGGCUACAAGCAGCACAUAAAAUGCUUCAAGCAUCAAUACGAGCGUCUACGCUUUGCUGGCGACUAUCUGCCAGCCAGUGAGCUGCAGCAUGAGAAUAUGGCCGACAACUUGGGCAUACAGCUUGCUCUAUUGGCCUACAAUACUUUUCUACAGAGAUUAGCCAGCACUGCCUUGAGCUCGGAGCAACUGCCCCAACUGAGCUACAGUCCACAGCAGUUGUUCUUCAUAGGCUACGCCCAGCUGUGGUGUAACGAUGCCAAUGAACAGUUCCGGGACAAGCAUUCGCUCCUCUCUGCCGGCACGCCCAAUGCGUUGCGUGUGCAGGGCGCGUUGGCUAACUUAAAUGCUUUUGCCAGCGCCUUUAAAUGCGCUGCCGGGUCGCGAUUUAAUCCAAGUCACAAGUGCCAUGUGUAUGGGCCAAGUGUAAGUGCAUAAGUUAAGUGCAUAAAUUGUUGGAUUCAUUAUAUGGAAAAGUAAUACGAAUAUAUUUACAAACA